UUGUACCACAAGCACGCUCCCAAGACGUGCAGAAACUUCUUAGAACUCUCACGGAGAGGGUACUACAAUGGCACCAAGUUCCACCGAGUGAUUAAGGAUUUUAUGGCUCAAGGCGGUGAUCCCACAGGGACUGGACGAGGAGGAGAGUCCAUCUACGGGGCCAAGUUUGAGGAUGAGAUAACGCGCGAGCUGAAGCACACGGGCGCUGGUGUGCUCUCCAUGGCCAAUGCCGGGCCCAACACCAACGGCAGCCAGUUCUUCCUCACCCUCGCCCCCACUCCCUGGCUCGACGGCAAGCACACCAUAUUUGGCCGUGUGUCGCAUGGAAUGGACGUGCUGAAACGGCUGGGCAACGUGCAGGCAGACAGGACUGACAGCGAUGGCGUGUGUGACGCGUACAUUGCAUCUGGACGUCAGGUGUAUCACUGUCAGAUGCCAGUAGGUCAGGAGAGUCUGUUGCAACAGGGCAAGGCGCAGGUGCUUCUGCCGCACCCUGUCAAGGACGUCACUCCAGCGCCCGUCCCCUCUCUCCUCCACGCAGCGGCCGUGCAGAGCCUCGCAUCUGCCGCCCUGGGAGGCACCGGAGGGCGAGCUGCCUCUACGCUCCUUUCCUCUGUGGACUCACUUGGUCGAACCAUCGUCUCCACCUUCUCCUCUUCAUCUGCAGCAGCAACUAUUGAUUCCAUCUCCCACUCUCCCACGGUGCUGCGACUCCUCCCCAUCGCUUCCAUCUCCCCGCACAUGGCAGUGACUCCUGACUCCCUCUGCCAUCUCUCCCUCUCCCUCUACGGCAUCUCUAAAGUCCCAACUUGGACUAUGCUGCUCAUAUGCUUCUGCCAUCUUCCUCCCCCCCUUCUCUUUCCCCCCAUCUCUCCCAUCUCCCCGCACGUGGCAGUGACUCCUGACUCCCACUGUCACCUCGCCCCCUCCCCCUGCGGCAUCACUGAGUCGGGCCCGUGCUGCACUGCCAUCUCUGUCACAGGACCCUCCACCAUCCGGGUACGGCUCACGUACCAAGUGCUCAUUGUGCUGUAUGUGUCAGUGUACGUUUUGAUUGGACCGUGCAAGUGUCUGUUUCCCCCUGCGGCAUUACUGAGCCGGGGCUGUGCUGCACUGCCAUCUCCGUCACAGGACCCUCCACCCUCCGGCUCCCCAGUGUUUCCCCUCCCUCUUCCACAUCACCUCCCCUUCACCCCCUCUCGCUCCCCGCACCAGGUGGCUACGUCCUGCUUCUUCCCCCGAUCAGUAGACCUGCACGACCCUGCUUCCCCCUCCCCCGCUUCCCCCCUGCGCACAUUCCGCCUGCCCUUCCCCCCCGCUGCUGUGGGCUUCCUUGGGGGAACCGAGCGGGGCAGGGGGGGAGGGAAGCGGAGGGGAGGGGAGAUGGAGGGGGAGGGGGGUGCAGUUGAAGGGGUUCGGCUGCUGGCAGUGUGCGAAGGACCGCAGGUGUGUGUGGGUGGGUGGGGAGUCUCUUUUGUGCGGUGGGGUGUGGUGGGAUUACGCAGUUGUGGGUUUGAGGGGGCUCACGCGCGUGUGAGGGUGGUGGGACGGGUGGUCAUUUGCAUGGCUCACACAGCUCUCCACAUGCCCCUGCCUGACAAGUUCCUAUCACCAACGUCUGACGUCACCAUGCCAUGUCAUCAUGCCAUGUCAUCAUGCCAUGUCACCAUGCCAUGUCACCAUGCCAUGUCAUCAUGCCAGCUCAGCAUUUGGGACGAGCGGUCCUCCGAAAACGGUGGCUGCAUCCAGCGAAUCACCGUCUCUCCUGCUGCCGAGCCUCUCUAUGCCCUAGCCUCGACAGUAGGCUCGGGAACAGGCUUGGUGGCAGUAGGAGGGGCCGAGCGUACUGUAGCUGUGUACGACGUGCGUAAAUGGGCGGCGAGAGGCCGAUGGGUCGGCUGCGUUCGGCAGGACGUGAUGGGAAUAGCUUUCCCUGUGGCGGCUGGUGGUGAGAGAGAAGAAGUGAGACGGGAGAGACAGGAGGGGCAGCAGGGGCAGGAAGGUCUUUCGUUUGGAUCUGACGAAUCCGUGUUUGUGUGGAGUGGUGACAACGAGGUGGUGUGUGGGAGGUGGACUGAGGGCGAGGGGAGGGUGGGAUCUGUGCGAAGAGCAGAGAAGGGGAGGGGUAAGGGGGGGAGUGGAAGGGGGGGGAAGGGGGGGGAAUGGGGAGGGAUUGAGGCCGGGGGGAGGGGGAGGGCACAGCCAAGCAGAGAGAAGGUGAAUCAGCAGAACAGAGAGCAACAGAACAGGGUGCAGCAGAACAGAGAGCAACCGAAUGGUAUAGAGGACGUCUCUAAAGAGGAUAUUGGGCUUGCUCACAGGGAGGAGGAUUCGGGUGUAGGGGGCGUGGACAAGGGCACCUGUGGUUGGUUUCUGGCGUCAUUUGAGAAUUCCGAAAAAAACGAGUGCACCACUUGUUCGGAGGAGACAGUGUGGGGCACCACUUGUUCGGAGGAGACAGUGCCUGCUUCUCUCCCCUUCUCUCCUGCAUUCAACUACUCUACCAUCUCCUCCAUUCCUACUCUUUUCCCCCCCUCCUCACCUCCCCUCCUCCCCUCCUCCCCUCCUCCCCUCCCCCCCUCCUCCCCUCCCCCACUCCCCCCAUCUUCCCCUCCUCCCUUCCUCCCCCACUCCCCCCCUCCCCUCCUCCCCCACUUCCCCCCUCCUUCCUCCCCAACUCCCCUCCUCCCCUCCUCCCCCACUCCCGUCCUCCCCUCCUCCCCUCCUCCUCCCCUCCUCUCCUCCUCUCCUCCCCUCCUCCCCUCCUCCCCUCCUCCCCUCCUCCUCCCCUCCUCUCCUCCCCUCCUCCCCUCCUCCCCUCCUCCUCCCCUCCUCCCCUCCUCUCCUCCUCUCCUCCCCUCCUCCCCUCCUCCCCUCCUCCUCCCCUCCUCUCCUCCUCUCCUCCCCUCCUCCCCUCUUGUGCCCGUGCAGGAUUUCAACGCCAAUCUGCUUGCAGGCUGGUGCAUGUCUGGCAGCUUCAUACUCGCCGAUUGCACUUACUAG